GUCUCAGUGGACAGUUUCCUCUAUGUCCAUACACUGACCAUUCAACUUCCAGUAAACUUAUUUUUUUAGCAUAAAGUGAAGGUUGUCACUACUGGCAAACAACAAACAGGUCAGGUCUAACUGUUAUAUAUGUCGGUAUGGCAAGGGGUAUAACUUUGGUUUUAAUUUGUGUGAUCUGGCAUACAGUUGUACCAUUGACAAAAUCCACAGAUUGGUAUGAAGAUGAAACAGAUGAUUAUGAAGACCCCAGUGAUCCAAAUAUUGUGGAUGAACAGGAAGCACUAGAUCUGAAUGCAGACUGGAUAUUUGAAGAUUCUGAAGAAGAAGAUCCUUGUUCAGUCAAUCCUUGUGAAAAUGAGGGCACCUGUGAAACAAAUGGCUCAAACUUCAAGUGUUACUGUCAUCCCCUUUAUACAGGAAAGACAUGUCACAUCGUGAACAAUCCCUGUCAGAAGAAUACAUGCAAGCAUGGAGAGUGUGUCCUUAACAGUACACCACCAUACCACAAGUGCAAAUGUGACUACCCUUUCAAGCCACCAAACUGCAGACACCGGGUGUUCACCUGUUCAAGAAACCCUUGUAAAAAUGGAGGACAUUGCAGAAGGGGAAAAACAAGGAGAUCUUUCACUUGCGCCUGUCCAAAGAAAUUCACAGGCAGAUUUUGUGAAGUAGGUGUUAAUGACUGUUAUUUCGGAAAUGGUGAAAACUACAGAGGCAAUGUUAGUACAACAGAACAAGGGAAGACAUGUUUAUACUGGAGUUCGCACUUGCUUCUAAGGAAAAAUAUCAAUAUAUUUGGGGAGCAAGCUGAAGAAAAUGGACUUGGAGAUCACAGAUUUUGUAGGAAUCCUGAUGAUGAUGCAAAACCUUGGUGCUUUUUUAAAGAUCGAAGUGGAAGACUGAAGUGGGAUUUUUGUUCAAUCUCUCAAUGUGAGAGAGCACCUAUUGUCAUGCCUGAGAGUGCCCUUGAAAGUGAGACAGUCCCUGCAACAGAACGUCCUCAAACCUUUGAAAGCUGUGGGGAAAUAGUACCUUCCAGAAGAAAUUUAGCUCGUAUCUAUGGUGGAAUGAAGACACUACUUGGCAAACACCCUUGGCAAGCAUCUUUACAAUUAAAAACUCAUAUAGGUAUUUAUGAGGAAGGACAUCAAUGUGGAGGAGCCUUGAUUGCACCUUGUUGGGUUCUAACUGCAUCCCACUGCUUGGAGGCAAGCACGCAAGCCAAGCAUUAUCAAAUAUUACUCGGGAAACAUAAUUUACAGCACACAGAACUCAAUGAGCAGAAGUUUGAUGUUGAGCAAAUUAUUGUACAUCCCGAAUAUGAAGAGACAGACACAGCUUUGUACAACGAUAUCGCCUUAGUGAAGUUGAAAAGUGUUGAUGGCUGGUGUGCCAAGGAAACCAAAUAUGUCAAAGCAGCGUGUCUGCCAACUGGUAAUUUACCUCUCAGCUCUGAUUGCCACAUUUCAGGAUGGGGUUUAACAGAAAGAGGAAACAGUUCAGAUUAUUUAUUGGAGGCAUCUGUAAAACUAAUAUCUCAACAAUCUUGCAAUAGAGUUAUGUCUUACAAUGGUGUCCUUGAUGAAUCCAUGCUUUGUGCAGGAAAUUUAGAAAGAGGUGGCGUGGAUGCUUGCCAGGGUGACUCAGGAGGACCACUGACCUGUUUGAAAGAUGGACGCUAUCAGGUCUAUGGAGUAGUGAGCUGGGGAGAUCGCUGUGGAGUGAAGAAUAAACCUGGUGUUUAUGCCCGUGUCACUAAUUUCCUUAAUUGGAUUCAAGGAAUAAUUAACUAGUUUUUAAUUUUUCAACAUGGGAAUGAAAUCAAGAUUUAAAUUUGGAAGCUUGACUAUAGUUUGUAUUACUUAUCCUGUAUAUUAAUUGUUUUUAAAAUAUAACUAAAUCAUGUAGAUAUUUUUCAAAGAAUACCUUGAAAGAUAAGCCCUGUUUAUAACGUAUCACCCCAGCUGGAAAUUACAAUAAUAAUUCAAAAGUUAAUAUAUUAAGCAUUUCCAUUUAGAUAUGACAGAGGAAGAGAUGGAAUAUAUAUCUCCAUACUGAUUUUUGAACAGCUGAAAAAUAUUUUAUAUUGCAACUUUAAUAAAUUGAAGCACAUUAAUUAUCAUUUCAUUUACUUACACUGUGUUUAACCAGGCAUAUUAUAUAAUAAUUUUCAUUACAACACUCAGACCACUUCAUGAUAGGAGAACCUAUAACAGUUGGAAUGGUGACUGUCUACCAUUUAUUCUACAAACACUCAGAGCGCUCAUAAUAAGCCUCUAUCUUUGCUACUUUAACAAAGGAAUAAACAGCGCAAAAAUCUCCCAAAGUUGUGAAGUGACAAUUUAAUGUACUAAAUAUUUGAGAAUAAUAAGAAUCUUUUUACAGUUGACCAUUAUGACAACCUAUUUCUUUAUUUGGCAUCUGAAAUAUAAACAGAAAACAAUGGAAACCCACACCAACUCAAUUGAUAUGCUUUAUUUCAUUAUGUAAGUAAUUACUUUCUCUUUAAAGUCUUUGAUGCAUCUGAUCAGUGUCGACAAAUGAUGUAGAUUUGAUUGAAAUAUUUCCAAAGUUUCUGAUAAACAUCAUUAUCAUUUCUGGUUCUAAGGUUUCAGACAAAUGCAAUAGUGUCCAGCCGUCUGUUUUGUUUUCAAAAUUAUAACAACUAAUUCUGGUUAAAACUGCUUUUAAACCCUUUCCUACAAUGUUACUGUUGCAUUGCGCCCCAAGAAAUAGAUAUAACAAGUCAGCCCUGCAUAAUAGGGAAUAUUAAAGUUUAACUUUGUCAAAGGAUGAUGUGAAGUUUGAGGAACUGACUGUAUUUAUUGCUUUGCUAGAUACUUCAAGACCUUGACCACUGUAAUUACAUUGUCUUUCAACAGUAUCAUGAAAAAUCUGUCAUUUUUCUCAGCAGUGAACUCAAAGGCAAUCCAAAGUGUCGGUUACAAUUAUUGCACUCUAAUGCAACCAGAAUUAAUAGCAGUCAUCAUAAUCAAUUUGUUAAAAAUACAGAGCUUUAAGCCUGACAGGAUUGCAAACAUUUUUCACCUGCUCUCAUGGGUUAGGUGCUUUACUGGAAUAAUUAUAAAUGAAUAAUACCUGUUAUCAUUUAUCAUUGCUGCCUUAUGUGUUCUGCUGUAAAUUUUACUGCCCAGGUAAAACCUAUCAGACCUUUCAGAUAGAUGUUAUAGGGGCCAGUAACUGUAUCCUGGCUGCUUCCCAAAUACAAUAUAUGACACAAAGCCAGCAUUACACAUGUUGACCUCAACGGUAGCCUUCAGAACACAACUGCAAGGAAGGAAUGCAAGCCGUGAUGGUGUCAGUUUAAAACUGACGCCUAAUGCAUUAGAUUCGAAGGAAAAACUCUUGGAAGGGCAGACGAGCUGGCACAUUUACCAGCCAACGGCAACAGACCGCAGUCAAUCCUGCUUCCAGCUGUUGCACACCUCAUUAUGCCAUGAGCACCAGAUGGGCAAGGUCAAGGAAGUGGAAAGGCUGCUGCAUAACCCCUCCUCCACUUAAGGAAAAUUUAUGCAUAGCCCUCUCAUCAUGAUCGUCUUUGCUUUGAAGUGGCUUGCAUUAAUUAUUUUAGAAAUGGGCACAGGAACUACUGAAUUCCAGGAAUGCAUUCAGAGAAGAUCAAACAAACUGGCAUACUUAUAGAAAUUUUAAUCAAGCGCCCUGGAAGUGGAGCACAUGCUCCCAUUCAGAGGACAGAGGCUCAGUUCCUUUCUUGUCCCUUCUGUCAGUAGCUGAGCACAGUUCCUGUGCUUUUUAAGUCAUAUCUCUGCAAUCUUAGUCUUCCUCCUGUUUAUAGACUGCUGAGGGUCCUGAACUUCACACAGUGCCAACAGUAGUUGCUCAAAUGCUUAGAUAUUGAAGGAUCUUACUGUUUAAAUCUGGUCAAUGACACUUCUAAAACAGUUUUAUGUGUUUCAUCCUGUCUGGAAGCGAUUCACACCUGUCUGGGGUGAUUCUUAUUAUCUCUUUGCCUGUUUCAUGCAUUGUCAACAUCAUGCAAGAUUAAAUAUCAUCUACUUGUG